UGUGAAUGUUAUUUAGUGUAUGAAUAUAUUUUGACUGAGUGGCACAAGUGAGUUCGGACCGGCUCGACGUCAGUGUAAGGCGUGCUAACUUGAGUCUUAGCUAAGUUUAGCCGUGAUGAUGAUGAUGAUGGCGCUGAUAAAACGCUGUGGCUAACGGUCCUUAUUCUCUUAAAGCCGAGAACACCAAUGCAAUGCUGCUUCUCAGACGCUGCCUCAGCCUGACUCGAUUUGGCCCUCUCAACACUCAAAGGAGUCAGGUUGCACCUACUGUAUGUGCAGCUCAUCUCUGGAGCAGCAGCAGUAGUAGUGAUGACCAGAGAUCGAACCAGCGCACCCAUGGCCCCAGCUGGAGACAUGGCCUGGCAGGACUGUUGGCUGGUACAGGGGCUGUACUGGUGUAUGGCCUCCACAAGCACAAGGCAGAGCAGGCAGACACCAACAGAUUGGAAGCGAUUGAGCCAACCUCCUCUCAUCCCAUCUUCAGCCAGGAAGAAGUCACAAAGCACCGCUCUCUCGAGGAUGGCGUGUGGGUCACUUACAAAGGUGGCGUCUAUGACAUCACUGAGUUUGUGGCCAUGCACCCUGGUGGGAAUAAAAUCCUGUUGGCAGCAGGUGGGCCUCUGGAACCCUUUUGGGCACUGUAUGCUGUACACAACCAGGAACAUGUGCUUGAAAUCCUCUCAGAAUAUAAGGUUGGUGAGUUAAGUGCAGAAGACCUGAAGAAGCAGCAGGCUGUUAAAUCAUCUGACCCGUACUCCUCUGAUCCAGAGCGUCACCCAGUCCUGCGCAUCAACAGCCUCAAGCCCUUCAAUGCCGAGCCACCUGCUGAAAUCCUCACAGACAACUACAUCACCCCCUCUGCUUUGUUUUUCAAAAGAAACCACUUGCCUGUUCCUCAGGUUGACCCGGAUUCUUACCGGCUCUGUGUGGAGGGACUGCCCGGAGGAGCGCUGACGCUCUCUUUAGAAGACUUAAAGACUAAAUUCCCAAAACAUACCAUCACCGCUACACUGCAGUGUGCAGGAAACCGCCGAGCUGAGAUGAACAAGGUCAAACUAGUGAAAGGACUGAACUGGGGCAUUGCUGCGAUCAGCAACGCCAGCUGGAGCGGUGCUAAACUCAGGGAUGUGCUUCUGGCAGCUGGCUACGAGCCAGACGUGGCCAAGUGGGCUCGUCAUGUUCAGUUUGAAGGCCUGGACAAAGAUGUAACCGGUACUACGUAUGGUUCUUCCAUUCCUAUAAACAAGGCAGUCAGUGAGGAGGGUGAUGUGCUACUAGCUUAUGAAAUGAAUGGCGAGGCACUUCCUGCAGACCAUGGCUUCCCUGUCCGUGUUGUGGUACCAGGCACGGUGGGUGCACGUAAUGUAAAAUGGUUGGGGAAGAUAGUUGUGAGUGGAGAGGAAAGCAACAGCCACUGGCAGCAGAACGACUACAAGGGUUUCUCCCCCGGGACAGACUGGGAUACAGUUGACUUCAAGUCUGCUCCAGCCGUUCAAGAGCUGCCCAUCCAGUCUGCGAUCACCGCACCGGCCGACGGUGCCAUGGUCGAUCGCUCAGAAGAAGAGGUGACUGUGCAGGGCUAUGCCUGGAGCGGUGGGGGCAGAGAGGUGGUACGUGUAGAUGUUUCUGUAGAUCUAGGUAAAACAUGGCAGGUUGCUCAACUAAGGACUAGUGACAAGGGUCAAGAACGUGAGCCUUCACCUCCACCAGGUCGAGCCUGGGCCUGGAAGCUAUGGGAGGUAACGGUGCCAAUUCCUCCUGGAGCUAAGGAACUGGAAAUAAUUUGCAAGGCAGUGGACAACAGUUACAACGUGCAGCCGGACACAGUGGCUCCUAUCUGGAACCUGAGGGGCGUCCUUAGUAACGCCUGGCACAGAGUGACGGUGAAGGUCAGAGAGGACGAAGAUGAGGAAUAGACUCUAUGGUUUAAUCCAACUUUAAGGACAUUUUCAGACCUGGUAUGAACAUCCAUCCUCGGUGAUCUGCUCACAGAUGGACAACAUUACGUCUAAAACCGUUCACACUUGGCUUUAAAAUGCUUCCUGGAUGAACAUGAGAACGGUGCUGGCUCCACCUGCACCGUGAUUAAAUACACAGCAGUGAAUUCAUGUAAUAAGGCUUCACAUGCACCUCUGCUGAUCUCACAUGAUCAUUCACAUCAAUGUGCCGCUAAAGGUUAUCACUGCAAAUUAACACACAAAAGACAAAAAUGAAUAAUCUACCAUUUAUUUAUUUAGUUUAAUUAGGCCAUUAACAAGUCUGACUGUACAAAUGUAUCUGUUUUUAAUGUGUUUGUGUCAGUGUGUGUGUGUAAAUAGUUUGUAUUUAUAUGUCGUUUUCCUCGUCUCAAAGCUGCUUUACACGACAGCUUUGCCAUUCACCCAUUCAUUCAGCACGUCUGCAGACAUCUUUCAGACCCGUUCACACGCUGCCAGCACAGCUGUCAGGAACAGCUUGGGCUCAAAUGUCUUGCUCAAUGACACACUCAUCAUAUAGAGUAGCAGAGCCAGGAGUCUAACCCGCAACCUCCAAAAGACAAGAGAAAAGAGUCAGGAUGAGUGGAUUGAAUCAAAGCCCUACUCACACUGCUGUAACGUGAAAUAAGUUUUUAACUGAUGUUGAUCAGUAUUAUUUAUAUAAUAAUACUUUUUAAUGAUGUUGUAUAUUGAGACGUGAAAAAAAAAAAAAGUCAUGUUAACCUGUGAGGUUUGAACUCUACAUAAUGUUGGGGAAAAAAAGCUAAAGGCUGUAAAUUACUUAACAAAACGAAACUAGCUUUUGAGUCUUAAAUGAAUAUGUGAGCCUUUUAUUUUGCUUUAAGCGCACAGUAUGUCAUUUUGCCACUAGGGGUCUCUCAAUGAGAAUAAUAACAAUGGAAGUAGUUUGAAGUCUUCUUCCAGAACACACAGUAAAUGACAAGGAAUAGUUGUGGGCCACUAGACACAUUAAAUACGCACAAUAAAAAAAGAAGGAUUUGUGUUUUUCCAUACACUGAUGUUUCAUGGGGGUUUGUCCCAUAAGUUCAAGCUGAGACGAGUGAAAGAGAUUAAAAGGCAAACAAAAUGAAUCCAUUACUUUGAGUAGAAAUAUGGAUUUAAACACUUUGGCUGUAAGACUACAACUCAACAAAACAUAUCUCAUUAGUCUUGUAGCUGUUAGAUAUUUUAAGGCAUGAAAUGUAAUGAAACUAAGUUUGUUAUUAUGUUAUCACUUAAUGAAGGUUUGUUGUGCUGGAGUUUAUUGUUAAGGCUGGAGUCCUCCAAGAUGGAGCUGAGGUUUUUGCUCGUUGGAGAAGUCUCCACCGUUUUGUUGAUGGUGAUGUGUGCAGAGCAGGCCUUUAGUGUUUGGUGUCAGCUUUGUGAGAAAAGCAAACAGCACAAAUACUGACCAGUCAGAUCGCUGGAAAAACCACAGUCAUCAUUCCUACAGAAAUGAGUUUACAGUCAAGUGACAGAUAAUAAAGGGCAGCAGAUAUUUUUAUACUUUCCAUGUGUCCACACUCUGGUUUUUAAAAACGGAGCGUCUGACAAAGGGAGGAAGAGUUUAUUGCAAUAAAUCCAUGUGUCAUUACUGUAAUAGUUUAAUUUUAAUUAGACAAAGUAUAAUAAUGACGCUGUCUAACUAUCACUGAAGUGGUCACUCACCUCAUCAAACUACGCACAUUCUGACAUCAACCUUUGUGUGUCUGCAUAAAAGUUUGUUCAACAUUAAAAUUGCUCAAUUUGAUAUUUAAUAUUUCUGCUACUUCUUAAAUAUGUAUACUCAGACUUAUUUUUAUAAAUGGAAUUAAUCUGUUUCUUUUCAAGAGCUGUUCAUAAUCUUGAUGUUAUACCUUGUUAUGCCUUUCAGUCGUCACGGUUGCCAGAUUUGCUUGCAGAAAUCAUUGUUUGUCCUCACUUCCUAUGAAGAGAUUUACUCAUGCUUGUGUUCUUGUUGCUUUUAAUAAACAUGGCCUUGUCUUUUUUCAUCA